CCUCUCUCUGUCGAUCCUUGCUCAUCCCAUCACUAUUCAACACCAACCACAUCCCUUCUCUCUCUCUCUUCCUUCCUCUCCUGUUUCUCUACCUCUCCUCUCCGUUCUACUCUGUUCCUGCCGGAAGAUGAUGGUGGUGAUGAUGAUGAUGUGACACUAUGGCCAACCAAUGAUCAGGCAAGGAGAGAGUGGAGGGGGUGUGUUCAGAGGCUGAGCUCAGAUCUGAUCAAUGCUGACGAGAACGCAGAGGAAGAAGGGGAAGAGAGUUAGGUAGAGGUAGGUGGGGGAGGCCUUGUCCAAGGUGAGGAGUGCCAACACUGGUUUAAUAAAAGAGGAGAAGAGGAGGAGGAGGAAGAGGAGGAGGGAGGUAAGCUGUCGCCUGUCAGAGGGGGAUCAAUCUGCACUGUCAUGGACAAAUAUCGACCCAAGAGACCGACCACCCUGGCUCUGUUCCCACAGCUACCACAAGCUGGCACCCAGGACUCCAUCAACAACAACUCUUUAGGCAAGAAGGACAGCUGGAAAGACUCCUGUUCCUCCUCCCCACAUAUUACAGGGGAUCUAGCACCACCGGAUAUCCAGCCAAAAGCGGAGGACAAAGUUCAGCACAGAACGCGCCGCCCGGCCCCAAAAGCACCCACAGCCAACGGAGUGAACAGCAAAGCUAACUCUCAGGCUGCUGCCACCACUGUAGACACGCGAGCUCGACUGCGGGAAAGACAGGUUUCAGGCGCCACACACACACAGUCCUCCAGCACACCAAGGAGUCAAAAGAGAGGAGGAAGAGGAGCCCCAGCAAUGAGAGAGAGGAGCUUAGGAGACAUCAGAGGAAAGGAUGGAGGGACAGCGGGGAAGGAAGAUAGGAGAGGAGGAAGACUGUGUGAGCAGUCCAGGGGGAAGGAGAAAGAGAGAAAUGGACCUCAGAGGCCAAGAGAAACAAAUGGACUGAAAGGCCGGGGGGCUGAUGGGAAAGUAAAAGUAGCUGCUAAAGGGGUAAACAAAGUCGGGGUAUUGAAGCCCAAUGACAUACUGUCUAACCAGGAAGUUUAUCUGACAUCCAUGGUGGUCCCACGCACGCCUGUAGCACCAAGAACCGAGGACAAGACACAAGACCAAGGCCAAAACCAUGACAGGACUCAAGACAACCCCCCUAUCCUCUCCCGGUCCAGCAGCGAGGGGGGGUCAAACAGAAUGUCCCUCAGCUCAGAUACAGAGGGACCCCCACCAGGGCCUCUGCAUCCUUCUCUAUUCCACCGAAUCGACCCUGACAUCAGUGAAGAAGAGGGAGAGGGAGAUCCAACUCCCUGCCUAAACGUCCAGAUUGGUCCAACCCCCUGCCUUACAGAUAAUGAAAAAACAGAGAUGGACUGUACCAAGUCAGAGGUGGAAGCAAGGGGAGGAAAAGGUGACUAUAACACUGAGAUGGAUGGCACCAACUCUGUCACUCAGGGAGAUGGUGCUGCUGCUCAGAUUGUACCACAGAGUGAAGCUAUGGCACUGUUAAACUAUGACUCUGUGAAAUACACUCUGGUAGUCGAUGAGCACGCUCAAUUAGAGCUGGUCAGCCUCAAGGACUGCUUGCACAGUUACAAUGAGCACAAUGAUGACAGUGAUGCAGAGACGGUCUAUCAGUCAGCCAAUGAGGAGGAAGAUCCAGAGUAUGAGGAGGAAAGGAAGAGGAGAGAGGAAGCAAGGAAGCAAGACAGAAGGAACGAGGAAGAAAACCGAAGAAAGGAGGACGAGAUGAAGAGAAGGAGGGAAGAGGAUUUGAAGAGGAAGAGGGAGGAAGAGGUGAAAAGGAGGAGGGAAGUUGUGGCAAAGAUCUGCAAGCCGUCCAAGGUAACAUCAACCACAACUUCAGAGGAAGAAGAGUCUAAUGGAGGAAGACCAGCAGCUUCCAGAAGUAAGAAGUUCCUCAACCUGUUUUCCAACAACAGCAGUCAUUACAGCACCACAGGUGCUGGGUCAUUUGGUGUGUUCUCCUGUGUUUUGGAUGGAGUGGAGAGACAGCAGAGCCACAGAGCUGUCUACAGGUUUGUCCCUCGUCAUGCAGACGAGCUGUACCUAGAAUCAGAUGAUCCGGUGUUAAUGCUGAACCAGUCUGAGGACCUGUGGUGUCAGGGUUACAACAUGAGGACUGGAGCUACUGGCAUCUUCCCUGCUUUCUACGCUGUCAGGCUGGCCAAAGAUAUUAACCAAGUCCAGAAAGAUGGCUGGAUAGACCAGUUCCUGGUGCAAUUUCUGGGUUCAGUUCAGGUCCCAAUCCACAAAGGCAACGACAUGCUCUGUGCUGCAAUGCAGAAGGUGGCGUGUAACAGGCGGUCAGCAGGUCAGCGUCCCUCAGCCUGUGUGCUGGAGGUUAGUGUGAAGGGUGUGAAGAUCAGUGUCCAAGACCAGUGUAACUCUGCACAUAGGGGGGACCAGUGUUUCCACUUCUUCCAGUUGAAAAACAUCUCAUUCUGUGGCUGUCAUCCAAAACACAGCAAGUAUUUUGGUAUCAUCACCAAACACCCUGACCAACAGCGCUUUGCCUGUCACGUGAUGAUGUCAGAGACAACAUCACAUCCUCUGGCCGAGUCUGUAGGGAGGGCAUUCCAGCAGUAUUACAAGGAGAACAUUGGCUACUCCUGUCCCACUGAAGACAUCUUCAUUGAGUAACACCUCUCCCCCAUCCACAUUAUGUAUUGAAUACUCACUAUGUGCAUGUAAGCUUGGUCUUACACAGCAAACUGGACCACUCAUAUGUCUUUGUCAGAGUACUUGCAUGGGGGAUUUCUCUUCUUCCCUGCAUCCAGUGAUACAGCGAGCUUGUCCUUACUUUAGCCAUGUCACAAUAUAAAUAGCUCUAUGGAUGGAUUGGAUCACAUGAGAUGUUCCAUCCACUGAGAACAGAUGUGACAUAAACCCUACCUAAAUACAAAUAUGUGAUAUUGAUAUAUUUUAUGGGUCACGUGACUACAUGUAGAUAUUGGAUGUAAAACCAUAUCGACAGCCUUCAGGACUAUGGAGUUCAUUUAAUGACAGAAUCUUUAUGUUGUACAUUUCUUAACUUGCUGAAAUGUAUGAUAAUGAAUAGUGACAGUUUUGGUAAUUGAUUAACCAUUUAAUUCAUGUAUCAAAAAACAAGAGUCAGCAGCCGUGUUAGCAGCUUAGUGAGGUUGUGUUUAUGCACAGCAGUGCUUUAAGCUACUGUAAAUGCUCAUUUCAGCAUGCUAACAUAUGCACAAUGACAAUGUUUAUCAUGUCAGCCACUAACAUCUGUUAAACACAAAGUUCAGCUGAGGCUGAUGGUAAUGUCAUCAGUUUGCAGGUUGUUUGGCCAUAAACCAAACUAGAUGAAAGGCCAGGAGAUCACCACAGCUGUUAGAAUAAUCGUUCGGAUAUUUUAGUCUGGAAAGAAUGUCGGGCCAACAUGUGUAAAAGCUCACGAUAGUGUGGCUGAUGAAAAUGCUAUCUUUUGUUGUUUCCAGCUUCUAAAAUAUCAUGUAAUGGAUAUUGAAUAUGUUUGUGUUUUUGCACUGUUGGUCAGACAUAAUAAACAAUUUGAAGACAUCACCUUAAGCUGUUAUAAUGAAACUUUGCCAUCAUUUCUGACAUUUCAUGAACUGAUUAGUCAAUGAAAUGAAAAAACACGAAUCAAUUCAAAAAAGGUUCUUUAAUCUCGGUAUGAUGAAUGCACCUGAGUGAAAAGGGUCUAUAUCUGUAGCUUGAGUUCUAGUUUGUGUACAUAUGACCAACGUCAUAGCCCAUUCUUAGCUCGAGUGACUGGUUUGUACGGUCACAUGUGGUUAAACAUUAAGCACUCAAACCUUUUUAAUUCCAGUCUCUAAACUUGGGAAUAUCGAUGUAAAAGUAGGACCAUAAUGUUGACUAAAAGGAAAACGUAGAAGUCUUACUUUCCAAUUAUGUUAUGUAAUAAUUUAAGUAGAAUGAAAAGUAGCAAAACCUAGCAAGUUAUGUCAGAUUUGCAUGUAAUAUAUCUGUUUCUAAUGUUGAGUAUGCAUAAAUCAGCAAUGUUAGUGAUCAUGAGUAUUCUGUUCACUUGGGUAAACAAACUAGAAUUCCAGUCACAGUUAUUGCAGCUUUAACGCAGUGUCAAAUGAAGUGAACCCAUCUUCAGGUGUUUGGGUUUACAGAUGUCGCUGCAUACACUGGCCUGGAAUCAAACCCAGGUUCAAUUGUGUGGAAGGCAGCAAUGUUACCACAAACACACACUUGACGAUCAAAGAAACAAAGCAAGACUGCAUGUUUAUGAAAAGACGGUAAAUCUUCUGUGUGAAAUCAGCUUCAUACAACAAUUUGAAGGAACAUACAAAAAACGAAUGGACCUGCUUGUUUCUCUGCACCAAUGAGGACAAACUAAUGUUUUCAAAAAUAUAUUAGACUUAUUCUGUAUCUUACAACCCCCUAACUAGACAAUCUACUGUUGGAGACCUUUGGAGAUGUUAAGGUGCCUAAUUUCUCUUUUUGCUGCUUGAUGUUUCUUUUUUACCAAAUGUGGUUUCAACUACAAACACCUGCAGCAUUUCUCUAGUUGAGCAAUCAAAUGUCCUCUCUUUGUAAUAACAAGGCCCAAAUGACGCUGUGCAAUUUAGUAUAUGUGCAAAAGAACUGACUGGUGAGAAAGUGGAUCACUGUGCAGUCGUGUCCAUGUCUGUCCGUGUUACUUUCAGCUCAGACUUCUUUUGCAUUGCCUGCUCAAAUCUAGGACCAAGUUGUGGUCAAGUCAGCUUGGAAACACUUAUUUCUCAUUAGACAUAGAAUUUGUUUCCUCUUUUAUUUUGAAUGGGAUGUAUUUAAAAGGAAAUACUGAACUUGGCUUUUUGGCACAAACCCAUAAUCUGACUUGUUAUCUAAGCAAGGGGAGUUAAUGUCCAUACAGUUCCCCCUUGUUUUUCAGACUAGCUCCAGGCUCAAAGCUGCACCGAUCAACAUGUUGGAUCAAAUGACGAUGUGCAAUGUAAAAGGAGACGCACACAGUGAUGAACCAGAGACUUUUUAUCCAACAACGCAGUGAAGCUCAGCUCUAUGAAGAGCCUCUUUUAGCUCAUUGUUUUGCUUUUCCAGCAUGUAAACUACACCCCUACCAACCUGUCAUCUAAGAGCAGCAAGAAGCUAUUUGAGCUAAAAGGCUCUGAUUAACCCACUGUGCACUGAAAGUUGGCAACUAGCUGGUGAACACAGUGGAGCACAUAGCAGCUAAAGAGACGGAGCGUUUCUCAUGGGCUGAUGGAGACCAAAAUAGAGCUAACAAAAAGUGAACAUUGGAUUUACUUUUCUCAGGCCAUCUGAGCAUUGACUCAAAAUAACAAUAAUAUUAUUCAGUGUCUGCCAGAUAUGUAAAGAGACAAAGAUUUGCUAACAAGCUAGACAUUACAGCUUUUAUGCUUUCAGCUUGUCCCGCUGCCUCAAGUAGCCUGCAAAUCAAUUAAUGCAGCUUUAAGAUCCAGGUUGUGAAAAUUUGGAGCCAGUCGGAAUGCAUCUGUACAAGCAGUUGAACAAUUUGGUAAACAGAUUUGAGAAUGUAAAGUCAAUGGAAAUGAAGCCUGAAAUGUUUUGUCUUCAGAGAAUAGUGCCUGUUUGUUCUGGUGUAGUGACGACUGCUGAACUGUUGACUUCUGAUGUCUCUGAUCAUACGAUUUAGAUCCAUACAUUCAAUCUCAUCCAGAUGAGUAGUCAUGUUAAAUAAUGUUACUGGGACUCAAGAGAGAUAUUCGGCCAAGGUGUAUCUGCAAUACGGGGCUGGUACUGUUCCUCAGUCAGUCAUUGUGCUUCAAUGCUCUUUGAUUGACUUCAUAUUUACUGUAGAACUGAUUACAUUUUCUACGGGAGGACAUUAAUUUGAGAUGAUGUAAUCAAACAUUUUGCUGAGAUUUUGCACAAAUGUAUUAUUGUAGCUUGCGUUAGUACUAGCAGUAUUUAUAGUAGCUAAGUAUUUCUCCAAUGAUUUUGCUAUGUUUGUAGUCUAGAAAGAAUACAAACAAUGCAGGGCAAAACUAACAUCUUGACAUCUAUAUUUGGUCUGCAAAACCUGUAUCAAAUGAAGCCUUCAUACAGGACAAACAUUUAUUUCAAAUAUGCCAUUACCUGCCAUUGCCUUAAAGAAAUAGUUUGGGUGUUUGAAGUGGGGUUGUAUGAGGUCCUAAUCCAAAGUCAGUGUAUUACCGACUGUAGUUGGCGGUCAACACAUCCCCAGUUUGGAGAAACAGGCAGGAACACCGACACAAGAGCAAAGCAAUAAGCUGCGGUCGACAUCAAAAAGAAAGACCCACCUAAACAAAUCAAUAUCCAUUAAGGUGUUUGCUAUAUUUAGAGUGUUUUCACUGCUUUAUCUUGCCAGCAGACAGCCUGAAAGUGAAACUUACCUAUGCUCUCUUAAAAGGUGGAUUGGCUAAAAGGCUUUUGGUGCUGCACUCGUCCACAGCAGCACUUUACUUUGCUCCAGUGCUGGUACUCCUCUCUGCUUCUCCUGUCUUCUGUAGGUAACACGCUGACUAUGAAUAAGUACAUACAACCCCACCUCAAAACACCCAAACUACCAUUCAUUUCAGAAUGGGAUAAAAUAAUUCAAUACUGCAACAGAAAUUUGCCAAAAUCUAAGCAGACAAGAACUUUACAAAGAUGGAUUACAAAUGUAACACUUCCAAGUCUCAGUUGUUUGAGUUUCAUACAGGAGCAAACUGAAGUGAAUGAAAAUGAAUGGCAACCUGGAAGAAAGACAAACUGUUUCAGUCUCAUUUAGUGUACUUUCCACCACAUGUUCAUUUCCACGCCAACCAUUCAAGGUGCACCACAGGAAGUUGUUGUGAUCCACCAGAAAGUGUCCUUUCUUUGUAUUCCACUAUUCUGAUUCUAACACCAUGGGGAUCUGCUGUACAUGACUCAUCAAUAUAGAUAUAUCCUGUACAGAAACUGUAUGUAUGUAUGUUUGUAUAGGAGUUAUCAUUGUAUGCUGUUGGUUUGACCAAAACCUGGGUGUAACACCGCAUGAUAUCGAUGUUGUAAAAUGAAGACACAGAAGAUGCACAGACUGGCGAUAAUGAUGGUAGUUUUUCUUGUCAAUAAAUUACAUUUACAACUGCA